CAAUCAUCGCAUCGCCAUCCAAUUGAGCGCGGCCGCAAGUUGGCUUCGACAGGGAGAAGCUCACAUCAGUCUGGAACGCGAAGCCUGUUGAGUCAUAACCACUUGCGCUUCUCGCCGCUAAUCGUGUAGCCGAUCCCGUCACGUUGAGCUGCAGCUUGGAAGUUCCAUACGAUGGUCCGCUCCACACAAAUCGCUCGCGUUUCUGAUGGGCUCCCGCUCGCACAGUCGGUCGAUGACGACCAGACUGAGAAAGACUUGUCUGAGUACAAGCAACAAGCAAAGCUCAUCUUUCGACGACUUGGGCCAAGCGCCGAACAACGGUGUAGCAUCGAGAGUGGGAAUUACACGCUACACUAUCUCAUGCAUCCACCGCCGUCAGAUCCAGCCUCUGUUGUCUAUUUGACAGUCGCAGAACGCUCGUACCCACGCAAGCUCGCUUUCUCCUACCUCGAUGAACUCUCCAAAGAAUUUGAGCGAAGUUAUGGAUCACAAGUCGCUGCGCGCAAUCUCCGACCCUAUGCAUUUGUAGCUUUCGAUACUUUCAUGCAACGUACGAAGCGCCUAUAUGCAGAUACGCGGACAGCGCAGACGGCAGCUUCAAGCAAUCUCGACAAGCUGAAUGAGGACUUGCAAGACGUGACGAGGAUCAUGACCAAGAACAUGGAGGAUCUGCUCUGGCGAGGAGACAGUCUGGACCAAAUGUCAUCCAUGUCCAGCUCACUACGAGACGAAUCGCUCAAAUACCGCAAGGCGGCGCGGCAGAUCAAUAUCGAUGCUAUGAUCCGCAAGUGGGCCCCAGUAGGCGCGGUGGGCAUUCUGUUUUUCUUCAUCAUCUACAUCAAGUUCUUCUAAUGAAGCAUUUGCAAUUUGCAUCGAGGUGCCACUUCUCCUGCAUAGGGGGUCUUACACCGCUUACUCGCGUACUCCUGCACAUCACAAAUUGCUGUCUGUGAGCGAGAUGGAUGCUCAUAAAAGGGCAUUUGCUAUGAAUGGCACGUACAGCCUAACUCGGGUUUGUUCUCUGGCAAGUUGUCUGGCCUCGCGCAUAUCGCUACACGUGUCCCUGGAACGAGCUUGUACCAAGGUAUCUUUGCAUGUCGCUUACGCCACUCGUUACGCAUGGUUAGCUUUACCGCAUCUCCCGCACUGGCUGCCCAGACAACCGAGGGACCAAGCUUUUGGACGCAUUAUUGCUUUCGCCUUCAUUGUGUUUCAUGUCUGGUGAGGCCGCCCGCUGCUGCGAAGAGAGCCGAUCGUAGACAUCCCGAGGCGUUGUGGGACUGUCUCCGACAGCACCCUGCGCGUCAUAGGGUGCUCAACGGUAGAAUGAACGAGAGGAAAUGUAAC